GAAUUUAAAAUAUUGCACGCUUGCAAAACGUUUAAUUUACAUACUCCAAUGCCUUUCUUGUACUAAGGCAUGCGCUUUACGUUUCCUUGGCUAUUACGGUAACGUGAGGUAGGCGGACGUUUGCGUCGGAAUGUACCAUUUUGCCAACACACCGGGAAGGAUUAUGUUGUGACAGCGGAGUUACAACCCGGCGGGGGAGACGGUAAUAACAUAGGGUUUUUUUCCAGCUUGGAUCAAUUAUGGCCUUCAGCAAGGGAUAUCGUAUUUACCACAAGCUGGACCCACCACCUUACAGUGUCAUAGUGGAAACUAGGGCCAGGGAGGAAUGCCUCAUGUUUGAAUCAGCAGCUGUUGCUGUUCUGUCGGCAGCAGAGAAGGAUGCUAUUAAAAACACAUAUACCAAGAUAGUAGAUGCCUAUGGAAUUCUGGGUGUUCUUCGCCUAAACCUUGGUGACUCCAUGCUCCACAGUCUUGUAGUUGUGACAGGCUGUAGCUCCGUGGGCAAGGUGCAGGAUUCAGAAGUUUUCAGGGUCACGCAGACAGACUUUAUAUCACUGAAGAAUGAUCCAGGAGAUGAGGAACGAAUUGCUGAGGUGCGAAAGGUCCUAAACUCAGGACAUUUCUACUUUGCCUGGUCUUCCACUGGAGUCAGCAUGGACUUGAGUCUUAAUGCACAUCGCAGAAUCAUAGAAGACACUACAGACAACCGCUUCUUUUGGAAUCAAUCUCUGCAUCUGCACCUAAAACAUUACGGUGUAAACUGUGACGACUGGCUGCUGAGGCUGAUGUGUGGGGGUGUGGAGAUCAGGACCAUCUAUGCAGGGCACAAACAAGCCAAGGCAUGCAUCUUCUCACGCUUAAGCUCAGAGCGUGCUGGCACGCGAUUCAAUGUCCGAGGAACAAAUGAUGAUGGACAAGUGGCCAACUUUGUGGAAACUGAGCAGGUUAUUUUCCUGGAUGACAAAGUCUCAUCCUUCAUACAGAUCCGUGGGUCCAUUUCUCUUUUCUGGGAACAGCCGGGAAUCCAGAAAAAGUCCAUUAAGGGUGUUUUGUUGCAACUGAAUGAGAAUCGGCACCCUAAUAGACUGGCUGAGAACCUCCACCUGGUUGGUUCUCAUCGUGUCAAACUCUCAAGGGGAUUUGAGGCAAAUGCGCCGGCAUUUGAAAGACACUUUACUGCACUGAGGCGAUUGUAUGGUAAGCAGGUGAUAAUCAACCUGCUUGGAAGUAAAGAAGGGGAACACAUGCUCAGCAAAGCGUUUCAGAGUCACCUGAAAGCAUCAGAACAUGCUUCAGCAGUGAAAAUGGUGAACUUUGACUACCAUCAGAAUGUGAAAGGUGGAAAGGCAGACAAACUUCACAGUGUCCUCAAGCCCCAGCUCAACAAAUUCAUAGAAGAGUGUGGUUUCUUCUACUAUUCUGGAGAAACUGGGAUAUUAAGGACUCAGGGAGGGACUAUGAGGACCAACUGCCUGGAUUGUUUGGAUAGAACCAACAGUGUCCAAGCUUUUUUUGCUCUCGAGAUGCUGCCUAAGCAGUUGGAACAAAUGGGUUUGACAGAGAAACCACAGCUGGUGGCCAGGUUUCAAGAGGUUUUUAGGACCAUGUGGUCCGCUAAUGGUGACUCCGUCAGUAAGAUCUAUGCAGGCACCGGGGCCCUGGAUGGCAAGGCCAAGGCGGGGAAGCUGAAAGAUGGAGCUCGUUCUGUGACUCGGACCAUCCAGAACAACUUCUUUGACAGUUCAAAGCAGGAGGCUAUAGACAUCCUGAGGCUAGGCUCCACACUCAACAGUGAUUUGGCAGACAAAGCUCGGGCUUUGCUCACCACUUCCAGUCUUUAUGUCACUGAACCUGUCUUACAAUCAGCAUCUCCAAGAGUAUUGUUGGGAAUGUGUCAGAACUACCAUAAAUACACAAGGCCCAAGCAGAUUCGUGUUUGCAUCGGUACCUGGAAUGUCAAUGGGGGUAAACAGUUUCGAAGCAUUGCUUUCCGCAACCAGACACUCAACGACUGGCUGCUGGAUGCUCCAAAGAAUGCAGGACAUCCUGAGUUCCAGGACAGCAGAACAAACCCCAUAGAUAUCUUUGCCAUCGGUUUCGAGGAAAUGGUUGAACUGAAUGCGGGAAACAUUGUCAGUGCCAGUACUACCAACCAGAAGCUGUGGGCUGCUGAGCUCCAAAAAAAUAUCUCACGGGACCACAAGUAUGUGCUGCUUGCCUCAGAGCAGCUGGUGGGAGUGUGUCUUUUUGUUUUCAUCCGCCCACAGCAUGCACCAUUUAUCAGGGAUGUAGCUGUUGAUACUGUAAAAACUGGAAUGGGUGGCGCCACAGGUAAUAAAGGAGGUGUGGCAAUCCGCCUGUUGUUCCAUACCACCAGCAUCUGCUUCGUCUGCUCCCACUUUGCUGCCGGCCAAUCACAGGUCAAAGAGAGGAAUGACGACUACAAUGAGAUCACACGCAGACUCAGCUUCCCCAUGGGCCGUCUGCUGUAUUCACAUGAUUAUGUGUUCUGGUGUGGAGACUUUAACUAUCGUAUAAGUCUGCCUAAUGAGGAAGUAAAAGAUCUCAUCAAGCAGCAGAACUGGGAUGCCUUGACAGCAGGGGACCAGUUGUUGGACCAGAAGAAUGCCGGUUUGGUCUUUCGAGGUUUUAUUGAGGGAAAAUUAGAUUUUGCCCCCACCUAUAAGUAUGACCUCUUCUCAGAAGACUAUGACACCAGUGAGAAGUGCCGCACGCCCGCCUGGACUGACCGUAUACUUUGGAAGAGGAGAAAGUGGAACUUUGACAAAACAGCCCAGGAGAUGAAUAUAGUAGCAGCAGCUUCUUCAUCUAGAGAUAGUGAUGAUGAUGUAGAACAAACCUGGAGCCCUGGCACUUUAAAGUACUACGGAAGGGCUGAGCUGAAGACCUCAGACCACAGGCCUGUGGUGGCAGUGAUAGAUGUGGACAUCCUAGAAGUGGACCCAGAGGCUCGGCAUCAGGUCUACAAGGAUGUCAUUGCCCGGCAGGGGCCUCCAGAUGGCACCAUUCUGGUGUCACUCUGCUCCUCCGGGCCUGACGACUACUUUGAUGAUGCACUCAUAGACGAGCUGCUGGAAAAGUUUGCUAAUUUUGGAGAAGUUAUCCUCAUUAGGUUCGUUGAGGAGAAGAUGUGGGUGACUUUCUUGGAAGGGUACUCUGCUCUAGCUGCUCUGUCUCUCAGUGCUUCCACUGUCCUUGGCAAGGUGAUCGAUAUCCGUCUGAAGAGUCCAGGCUGGAUCAAGAGUCUGGAGGAAGAGAUGAGUGUGGAGAGGAUCUGUGGAAGCAUUCCCACAUCUGCCAGCUCCACCCUGCUUGCUGAAGAUACAGACGUGGGUGAUGAUGAUUACGACAUGGAAGGUGAUGUGGACGAGGAGGUUGAGGAGAUCCUUCCUCAGCACCUGCAGCCUGGAGCAGGGACUGGCCCUGGAUCUUCCCCUCUCCCUUCUCCCAGAAGUAGCCCCUGUCCCUCCCCCACCCAUGGAGAACCUGCUGCACCCAGCAGACCUAGCCGUGGAGCACAGCCCUCCCGACCAUCGCAAGGGCCUCCUGUUGACUUCCAGCCUGGUGCCCCCACAGCUCAAGGCCUGGAGCCCAAACGUCCACCUCCUCCUCGCCCCAACGCCCCCCCUGCCAGACCAGCACCUCCACAACGCCCACCACCACCUUCAGGAGGCAUGAGCCCUCUGCCAGUUAGAAGGCACUCUGGAGGAGGCAUGAGCCCUCUGCCAGAUAGAAGGAGCUCUGGAGGAGGCGUGAGCCCUGAGCCAAUUAGAAGGCACUCUGGAGGACAAAAAAGCCCUGCUCUUCCUCGGCCAGAUGCUGCAGGUCGAGGGCAGACAGCAGCAGGAGCACCUGGACCAGGAGGUGCUUCCAGACCAAAUAUCCCUCCUCGAGCUGGGGUAAUCAGUGUGACACCUCAGUCUCGCCCACCACCUCCAUCUCACCCUGGAGCACCAAGGCCCAUUCCAGAGGUGCAUCCCGGGGCCCCUCGCCCUAUUUCAGAUACCCACCCUGGAGCCCCACGACCUGUGCCCAGUGCCCAGACCAAACCAGCUGACCUGCCUCUGGGUCCUCAACCCUCAGGAGCACCUCCUGCAGCUCCACCUGCAGUGAAGCCCCAGGUUUCAUCACCCAUGCAGCCUCCCAUGCAGCCUCAGCCAGCUGCCCCUCCAGCUCAGUCUCAGCUUCCACCUCCAAUGCAGCCCACACUUCCAGCUCCUCUCCAGCCACAGCCAGCGCCAGCCCCUAAAGCAGCAGAUCCAUCUGCUGCACCUGCUGCUGCCGCCCCCGCCGGGCCUCAGCCGAGUUUAGCCUCUCCUAAACCCCCACCACGUUCCCGCUCCUCUCAUGCUCUGCCGCCUGACGCUGCCAAGUCUGAGACUGCCCCAGCUGCACAGACAAACGGACUGAAUGGGAUUCAAGGAGAAGCACAAUGGAAGCCCGACCCCUUUGACACACUUACAUCUGAUUUCUUGCCCUCCUCAUCCUCUUGGCACACCACCCAGUCACUGACCAGAGGAUCCUCCCGGCGUACGCCAACUGUCUUUUCCUCCACCACUCUCCCAUCAUCCUUCUCCCACCAGUCCUCCACUCUAGCAGAUUUGCAAGCCUUUGAUUCAUCCUCCUCUUCUUCACUCUCCACCCCGUCACCAUUUGCCUCGACGCUGCUCCCUCCUCCUCCGGUCCCGUCUCGCAGUCGCUCUCAGGAGACGCUACGCGCCUCCCCCAACCCUUUCUCAGCUGACCCACUUCCUGCCCGACCCAGCAGCACCAACCCCUUCACUGGCCCACUGGUGCAGCAGCAGCAACGGCGCCCGCUCACACCUGACUUCACUUUUCAGCUUUCGCCUCCAACAGCAAACCUUCAGAGAACUGUGUCUCUUACUCCACCACUGAUACCCACCCCAGCUCAAACAGGAGCUCCUGCAGCUGUACCCACCACCCAACUCCAAAAGACCAUGUCUCUGUUUGGACCAUCAUCCAGUCUUAAUCCUGCUCCUGCUUCUUUACUCUCUCUUGCCCUUAACCCAUCUCCUCCUCCCACUUUACCCAUGGUGGCACCCUCAUCUCUUCCACCUGCCGUUGCGCCUCGACACCAGCCACCUGGCCCAGUAGCAAAGCAAGCUAAGCAAUGGGUCACUUUCGAUGAUGAUUUUCAACCUCCAAGCAAAACUUCACAAAACCCAGUCUUUCCUUCCAGUUCCCUCGUGCCCCAAACUCAGAUGCAGCCUUCCAGCUCUGUGUUUAAUUUAGAACCAGAGUGGUUAUCUUCCAUGCCUGCAGCAAUCCCGACCCUCUCUCCUCCCAUCCCAAAUAGAACUGCAACCAGUAACCCAAAGCUCCCAGAGGGACCCACUGACAACGGCUUAUUCCCCAGGGAUUCAAUGGAAAGAUAGAAUCACAGUUCAUAUGUAAAGGGCAUAUCCAGAUAUGUAUAGAUCUAUGAUAAAUGUGUAUAUGUGUGUAUGUACAAAAGAGACAGUAUUUAAGAAGUAUAGACCAAUUCCCUUCUGAAUUACAGGAAAGGCUUUGUAUCUCGAGCAGUACGAUGAGAAGAGUAUGAGCCCAAAAGUGUGUUGUUGACUUUACGUUCCCGGAUAUUAACACUUAUUUUACUAAGAAUCAUUCUGAUCAUUAUUUUUUAUUCAUGGCAGCAAACAUGUGCCUGUGUCUACAGUAUGUUAAUCAAAGUAUAUCUAUACGCACAAAUCAUUUGUGUAUUCACUUGUGCAAUAUCAAAAUAUUCCUUGGCCGUGCACCACGCUGCACUUGCCUGCAAAGUUUUACCUAAAUCUGUGUAACUUUUAAAAUUGCACACCACGGUUCAUAUCCUUCAUUUUGAAUGAGCUCCUCGCCGGAGUUGAUGCUAAUCUACUUUUCACAGUAUCGUCACAGAAGGUUAUGCACUGCAGGUUUACAUUUGCCCCGAUGUUUGCUGCUGUCCGCAGCAGUUUUCUUUGAUUUGCAAAUAUCGUUAAUUGUAAGUUUUAUUUCUGUUCUUUUGUAUGUGAGAUAAAAAAUUAUAGCAUUACAUGGUAUGCUUGCUUUUAUCAUGAAUGUACUUUAUUUUGCACUGGAGGUUGUCAUCACCUCCUUGCUAAAGCCACAGUGUGGAAAAAGACAGCACAGCUCAGUUAAUGUGACUGCUCACCCAGGGAGCCAUGCUCUUUAAUAUCAUCUCAUCCAGCGGAUAGAAAUGCAUUUUGUUUUCUCUCUGUUCAUUCAGGUUUCUUACGCUUAGCUGAACAUAUUCUGUAGCCCUCUAUCAAAACCUAUACAUAGAAGUUAUGUGUAAAUGUGUGUUUCCAGUAUGGAAAAUAAUGGUGUUGGUGUUGGUGUGUGUGUGUGUGUGUGUGUGUGUGUGUGUGUGUGUGUGUGUGUGUGUGUGUGUGUGUGUGUGUGUGUGUGUGUGUGUGUGUGUGUGUGUGUGUGUGUGUGUGUGCCAGUGUCAGUGGUUUGCAUAGAGUAACUGAAAUGCACUGCGUGUGCGCUCCUGGCUGUUGAGCCUGAAACGAGCUUGAGGGCUUUUUUUUUUUUUUUUUUUUUUUUUUUUUUUUUUUGAUCCUUCUUGAUUCAUCCAAAGCAUCACACUAAACUAUUAAAGAAUGUGGUGUGUGUGUUACAGUACAAAGAUGAUGUGAUCUGUGUUCAUGGCAGCAAGCACAUGCCAUGCAUCAACAAGAGGGCACUUUUUUUUCCCACUUUAGUCUUUGUUUAAAAUGCUUCUUAUUUCUAAUAGAACUUAUUCUGAAUAAUCGUAAUGUUACUGUGGUGAGAAGUGAUGUGUUUGAAGUGCAUAAUCGUCUCUUAUCGUGUUUGACAGUGUUUGUAUUUGGAUGUGAGUGCGUGUACAGACUUAAGAGUGGAAUACCGGAGCUUUUCCCUUUUGAGUAUAAGCGGUGUAUUUCCUUACAGGCUCUGCACUAACAGCUACUGUAUUCACUUUUUCCUGGCUGCAGCUGUGUAUGUAUUCCCUCAGCCUGCCAGAGGCUACACACAGGCUUUUACGCAGCAAUGUUGACAAUACAAGACAGGACUGUUUCGUGGGGUGGGGGGGUCUCAUGCCACUCUCCAUCUAAAUAAGAAUGCCUCUGUACAAUUGAGUACUCUGAGUACCAUCUUGACUGACUUCAUUAGACUGAACUACACACUCUGCUCAGACCCAGAUGCGUCAGCAGAACACAUUUCCAGUGUGGCCCACAUUCCAGACAGAAGUUUGAUUUGAGUGUUGGGUGUCAAAAUCUCAGCUUUUUCUGAUCCACAUGUGAUAUCUAUCCCUUAGUUGUUUGAGGGUGUUUUAUGACUGAGCCUCACUGAUAUCGUAACCAUUCUUCAGGUGUGUGUGUGUGUGUGUGUGUGUAUGUGUGUGUUGUCAGAGGUGAUGUGUCAGUAUUUUGUCCUGUACUACCUACUUCACUUUUUCACUGCUGUUAGUCAGCGUUAACGUUGACGGUGAUGAUAAGCAAUAGAUUUGCAGAAGGAUGAGCAACAGGUACCAUGCCUCGACACAUGCCAUUUCCCCCAGCCUUCAGGAAUUAUGUUAUUUGAAAAGCAUUACAGUGGUUCAUGAAAGAUGAACAUCAGAUUUAAGAACGCGCCACCUAACUAAUGCUUCUGCUUUCUGUUUAAACACUUGUAAAAUACGCAAAGAUAAUCUUCAUUCACUGCAAUGAAGGCAGUAGCUCUCUAUGUAAGCAAGUGUAUCGGCUGCCUCUGCUUACAUGUAAGUGUCAUCUCUAAAAUGCAUCUGUGUUAUUCAAAGUGUGCAGUAGAUACUGUAUCUGCAUUAACAGUAGGUGACUAGCCAGCGCUUUGUGUCAUGUCACAGUUCGAGAUGACAUUUUAUAGGAAAUAAAAUGCUCCUUUUGUGAGGUUGGUGUCCCUUUUUAUGGCUAUAAUCCAUAGUAACUAAGAGUCUGUGUUGUGGAACAUAUUCUGUAUGUAUUAAAGUGAAAACUUGGAGCUGUAAUUCACAUUAAUAUCCAAUGUUCCAUAAUUUAUGUGCACAGCAGACAGCACAUUUAUGUAUGAAGCAGUUUAUGUUGUAUGUAUGCAAAAAAUAAAUAAAUGUAUGUUGACAUGA